AUGACGAGUAGUAAUAUUAAUACUAUAACUAAUAAUAUAAGUGUUAUUAUCAAGAAGACUAGUUUAUCUUACUUUGAUAGUCCGAAGAAUAAAAUUAACAACAACAAUAAUAAUAUUUUGACGGAGAAUUCAAAUAUCCUUCAAACUAACAAACUCCCAAGACUUCCUGAUCGUUCUCUAACAACUAGAAACUACGGUGCCGCUCCAAAUAUGCAAAGAGGAAACUAUAAUAAUGUUCAUCAACGUUGUGAUGAUUUUAUUAUAGAGAUAGAACCUUAUUCUUAUUCUCCUGUUGCCUUUGGAGGUUGUAAUUUAUCUUAUAAUACUGGUGGUACUUCUACUAUGACUACUACAAUGUCUCCUCAUUCAUCAACUGCUUUAAUGAAUUCGACCAAUUCUCCAUCGUCAAUAUCUGAUGGUCAAUCUUUAUCUAUGAUAACUGCUAACAGAUUACGUGACUUUGAAUCUCAUAUACAUUAUCAAUCUGAACAACUUAAAUCAAUACUUUGGGAACGUGAUGAUUUAAAAUAUCGUAAUAAUAAUCUUGAAGUCCAAGUGAAAAAGAUGCGUGAACAACUAAAUUAUUUUGAUAAAUUAUUUAAAGAACGCGAGAAUUUAAAAAUGCAAAAUGAAAGUUUACACAACAACUUAAAACAACUUCAAUCUAUCGUCGUUCAAUCCAAUAAAGAACGUGAUGAUACAAGAGGAAAAUAUCAAUUAUUGGAAUUAUAUAUAAAAGCUUUACGAUUACGAAAACAAAAUGAUAAUCUUGCUGCUGGUAUGGGUCGUUUACAAGAUGAGCUAAAUUUUUUCAUAAAACAACGUGAUGAAUUAUCAUCAGAAAAUCUUCUACUAAUUUCUAAAUCCGAUUUAAUAUUAAAUAAAUCAGAUCAAAUCCAACAACAAAAUUCCGAAUUGGUUUUAGAAUUAGAAAAUCAACAAAAAGAAUAUGAGAAAUUAAGAGAACAACGUGAUGAAGUGAAAUUACAAAAUUACACUCUAAUAUCUGAAAACGAUCGAUUACAAAAUCAAUUGACAAAAUAUUUAAAUGAAAUGUUAAUACUGCGACAAUCUGAUAGUACGGCUUCUGUAAGUACAGUAUCAGAAUUUGCUAAUAGUGAAUUUGGUGAUGAAGACGAAGAUUGUCAAAGCAUCACGACUGUUACCUCGAUAGAGCAACUUGAACAACAAGAAAACAAAGAACAUACGGACGCAAAACUUGGAAUUAUAAAUCAAUAUGACGAUAUCUCUACUUCAUCCGAGCUUAUAAGAAAGAAUAAUUAUGAAUUGUUAGAGAAAUUACAUAAUCAAUUGGACACAAUUAUUCUUCAACGUGAUUAUUUACUCAAUGAAAAUAGUUCAUUAAAAUCUCAACUAGAAAACUUACAAAAAGAACGAAACGAUAUAUUAUCUAAGAAUGAUUCUUUAAAUUCGCAACAUGAACAAUUAAAAACUGAAUGUAUACAAAUUCGACAACAUCGUGAUGAGCUUUCUAGUCAAAACGAUCUCAUCAAAUCUGAUAAUUAUUCACUGAUUACUCAACUUGAAAAUCAACAAAGUGAAUGCAAUCUUAUUUGUGAACGUCGUGAUGAACUAGAUAAAGAUCUUAAAGAUGCAAUGGCCAACAAUAAUAAUUUGAUUUUACAAAUGGAAAAAUUUCAAAUAGAUAUUGAUACAAUUAGCAAAGAUAAUUAUGAAUUAAAAAAUAAAAAUACGUUAGAAACAUCAAAAUUGUUCCAAUUACAAACGGAAUUGUCUACUUUAACUCAAAAAAAUGAAAAAUUAUCAAAUGAAAAAAAUUCUUUAACAUCACAACUUGAACAAACAAGAAUAGAUUACGAUCAACAACAAGGAAAAUUAUUAUCAAAAAAUUCCAUGAUAUCAUCUCAAUUAGUGCAAUUACAAGAAGAAUUAAAUGCUUUCCGUCAAAAUUAUGAUGAGUCGGAAAUUAAUAAUAAUAUUUUGAGAUCUCAAAUAAAACAAUUGCAAACAGAAUUAGAACAAAUGUCACUAAAUCGUGAUGAAAAUAAUCAUUUACGAGAACGUGAGUUGAAAAAGUUGCAAGAUUAUGAUAGCAUUAUGAAUGAAAGAGAUGAAUUGAAAAAUCAAAUGGCAUUAUUGAUUUCACAAAAUGAGCAAUUAAAAGAAGGAAAUAAUAAUUUAAAUUGUCAACGAGAUGUUGAGUCAAAUCAAGAUAUUGAAAUUGAAAUUAUUCGAAAAAAGAGCGAAACUACUACUGUUGCGACUAAUUCCCCACGGCAAUCUAUGUAUAUCACUCAACCAAUAUCAAAAAGAGCGUCACUUUAUAAUGAUAAAUCUUAUGAAGAUUCAGGAAUUUUUGUUUCUCGGCAAGUUUCUCCCGUUCCAACACAAUAUAAUAUUAUUUCUGGACAAUAUUACGAAGAUCAAAAUAAUAAUCGUAGAACUUCUUUAUAUAAUAGAUAUUCUAAAAAAAUGAGUCAAGAAUCACUUAGGUCACUAGCAAGUACGACUUCAAAUAUGGCACCAUCUGUACAUACGAUUGGAUCUACAAAUGUAAGUCGGAGAAGUAGUAUGUAUAAUGUUACAAAACCUUUACCAAGUAUUCCCGGUAAAGAACAAACCUCACCUACAAAAUCAUCAUCAGCAACUAAUGAUACUCUAAGUAAAAAAUCGAUAAAAUUAUCUGGUAGACUUAGUGGUUCUCUUAGAAAUAAAUCGCAAAAACCAAUACCCACGUGUCAACAUUGUGAACAAAGACCAUGCAAAAAGAAUUUUACUGGAUAUUCAAAAUAUUGUUCUUCUAAUUGCAGAAGCUUGGCAAAACAAGAAGAACUAAUAAGUUCGUUAUAUCCAGAGUUGACUGUAUAUCCUUCACAUAUUACGGCCAGAUUUAUAUUUUAUCGAUAUCUUGUAUAA